UGUCAAUAGUUAUUUAUGGAACGAAUUGGUUAAUAAAAUCUAUUAAAAAAAUACCGAAAUUAUUAACUAAUGUGUUUGUUACAAUAUUUUUUUGAUAAUGGAAUUUUUAUGUGGAAACUAGCCAACAUGAAAGUAAUUUUUGACGUAAAAAAGUUAGGUUAAAUCAACAUUCAUACACGUCCAAGUUUUGUUUUAAAUGCUUCAAGCAGAUUCAAGCAACCGAAAUGUCACUAUUGGAGUAUUCCGAAGCUCUCACAAAAUGGUCCACAGUUCACCAUUGGAAAAAUUCACGUGCCACGACGCCAAAAUUGAGCCCUAUUACUGCAAAGACUGCGAUUUUGAAACGGAACUAACGAUUCUGUUCAAACAACACAUUAAUAAAUAUCACGGGCUUAAAAGCGAGUCUAGUCAGGAUUUUGUUAUCGAAGACUACGUCUGCGAAAAAUGCGUUUUCAAAACAAAUCUCUUGUUGAAGAUGCUUCAGCACACUUUGACGUGCACAGGAAUGAAAGAUGGUGUAAAUGCUCUAAAAUGCUAUUCUACUUUCAACCAAAUUGACGGAAAACUGUGGUAUUGUUGUACGGAAUGUUGCUACAAAGCUAGAAAGAAAAGUAUUUUGAAAUCUCAUAUAGGAAAACACGAUUUGAAGCAACGGUAUGCGUGUGACAAGUGUCCAUUUAAAAGUAACUGGAAGGGAUCUUUGAGAAUCCACGUGAAACGAAUCCACUUGGAUGAACACGACGUUGAAUGGCACAAAUGUGACAAGUGUCGUUUUAAAACUAUAAUAAAAGAUGAGUUAACUAAGCACAUAAACCACUUACACUUGAAAGAAGAGGAAGGUAAAUGGUAUGAAUGCAAUAAGUGUGAAUUGAAAACUAGGUAUAAAAGUCAUUUAAAGACGCACGCAAUUUUAAAACAUGUAGAUGAAGAAAAAAUUAAGUGGUAUGAAUGCAAGUAUUGUCCACAUAAAACUAGAUAUAAACAUGCCUUAAGAAUCCACUUAAAUAGUAUGCAUGUAGAUGAAUAUGGGGGCGAAUGGUACCAGUGCAAUGAGUGUCAAUUCAAAACUAGGAAUAAAUACAGUUUGAAGCAGCACACAUCUGCGAAACAUUCAGACAAAGAUAAAACUAAAUGGUACGAAUGUAGGAAUUGCCCAUACAAAGCUAGGCAGAGGUGGCAUUUACAAAAACACGUAAUUUCUCGACAUUUGAACGAAAAAUGAGUCAAGUGUCACAAAUUUAUUUUAUGUUAGUCAUUUUUUAAUGAUCAAAUUCUAUAGAAAAUAAAAAGUACAAAAUUAAAUUAUGCAACCAA